CAUCGACUCGUGCCGGCAGCGGGGGAUGCGGUUGCGGGACGCGCGCCGGAGCGGGCGCCGCCAGGCCAGCCUCAGGCACAGCGGGAAGAGGCGCCCGUCCGCCGCAGCACGUGACCUGCCGCCGCCAAAUCUCAGCGUCGGCCGCCGCGCCGCUCCUGCCUUCGCUCCACCCACUCCUCACACCAUGUUCGGCCUUGUCUCGCUCCGCAGCCUGCGCGCUGCAGCAGCAGCGCCCGGCUCGAGCCUGCUGCGUGCCAGCGCUGCCGGCGCCUCGCGCAGCGUCUCCUCGUCAGCGCCGCGCCGGGUCGGCGACGCCGACCUGCUCUCCGACGUCGACCGCGCCGACGCCUUUGCCGCCGAUGCGUACGCCGAGAUGCCCGGCGCCAGCUCGGGCAGCCGCGGCGUCGGCUCGUCGCAGUACAGGAAGCGGCAGCUCAAGGCGGACGCGGCCGCGCACCAGCUGCACGUGCAGGCGUCGCGCAACAACACCAUCAUCACCCUCGCGCGCCCGCACGACGCGCGCGAGCACCCCGGCGGCACCAUCAUGAGCACGUCGGGCGGCACGGCCGGCUUCAAGAAGUCGGCGCGCUCGGGCUACGAGGCCGGCUACCGCGCCGCGACGACGAUGUUCGCCGCGCUCGAGGCGGCCGAGCGCAAGCUCGGCGACAUCAAGCUCGACGUUGUGUGGAAGGGCUUCGGCCAGGGCCGCGACGCCGUCUUCCGCGCCCUCACGUCGUCUGAGGGCGAGUACGUGCGCGCCAGGGUGGUGGGCAUGCGCGACGCCACCAACAUCAAGAUUGGCGGCGUCCGGCCGAAGAAGAGGCGCAUGUUGUGAUUUGUCAAUGUGACAGGCAUACCAUUAUCAGGAGUCAUGAGCAGGAGCGCAGGGGUAGCGCAGAGUGGCAAGGUAUGGCAGAGGCAGGAGGCAAUAGGGCACCGCGAGGCGCGGGAGAUAAAGUACGACAGGAUCACGAGAGGCGGACAGGGUAUCGGAAAGGGAGACGGGGGAAUGCGAGUCAAAGGCUAGUUCGGCGCGUCGACGUACUGGCUGGAGGCGCGCUCGCUCUGGCGCUCCGGCUCGGCGUCGAACGUCGUGGUGGGCGUGGCAAAGCGCGGAGUGUCGCUGUGGCCGUUCGACGCGCCAUUGGCUG